AUGGCCGCCAAACGCGUGAGAGAGUCAAUUGAUUAUCAACAAGUGAAUUCGUUUUCAUCUGUUGUAUUAUACAACGGAACUAAAAGAAGCCGUAAAAAAGGAAAACUGUACGAAGUCGAACGCUUGAUUGAGAGAAGGAAUAAAGGAAGGGUACGUAUGGCUUUACUUUAUUUGAUUAUUUCAUAUCUUUAAAAUCCAACAUCUCAAUUCACUAUUACUCAGGUUGGUAAAUUUCAUGGACAUGCUGUUGAUAAAUUUAUCAUUGCUAUAAAUUACAGAGGUUUCACUCACAUGCAGUGUGUUCAUUGAAGUAUUUAGUGUUAUAUGAAAAAAGCACAAGUUUUAAACCCUCCCAUCUAAUAAUUUUUAAAGUGAAAUGGUGCGAGUUUCAUGCCUUUUUACAAAUUAUAUAUUGUAUAGGAGCUAUUCAAGACCGUUGACACCAUCUGAUGAUGUGCUGUUGGAAUCAUGCCGAGAAUUUUCGGUUGGAGAUGUUUCAUGCCUGAAAAGUGCUUCCUUUUCUCCAAUUUAUUUGCCAAUGCGCUUGGAUGUGUGGAGGUUUGUUGUUCACCAGAGAGGAAAAGAGUCGAAUCAUCGUGGUCAUCUUAUGCUUGAGAAGAAUGAUGUUUCUCGACUUAAAUUCCUGCCCAACAACUGGUGGUAUUUUCUGAAUGAAAAUGGAGAAGGAAAGGCUGUUGACUUUCCCAUCAAGGUCAAACCAGUUCUCUCCUGGUCUCCAUUGACAUUUGAGUUGCGCAAGGACAAACUUGGCCAGGCUCCGAGAAUGUCUUUGGAAAAACUAAAACUAUAUAUACUAAAGAGGCCAUGCAAUGUAAAUAAUUUAAUUUAA